GGGACACGGAAAACGUCUGGGUGGAGUCUUUUGAUAAAAAGUUGCAAGAUGAGGAAAAUUAGGCCUUUAUAAACAGUACAUUUGCUGGAGAGAAGUGUGUCUAGACGCAGGAAGCAGCCAUGAAGUUCUUCAUUCUCCUGGCCCUUUGUGCUGCAGCAUAUGCUGCUCCUCUUGAGGAUGACAAGAUCGUUGGGGGUUACGAGUGCAGGAAGAACUCUGUGUCCUACCAGGUGUCUCUGAAUGUGGGCUACCACUUCUGUGGAGGCUCCCUGAUCUCCAGCACCUGGGUGGUGUCUGCUGCCCACUGCUACCAGUCUCGUAUCCAGGUGCGUCUCGGUGAGCACAACAUUGCUGUGAGUGAGGGAACCGAGCAGUUCAUCGACUCCUCCAAGAUCAUCCGUCACCCCAACUACAACAGCUGGAACCUGGACAACGACAUCAUGCUGAUCAAGCUGAGCUCGCCCGCCAGCCUGAACAGCUAUGUGAGCACCGUGUCUCUGCCCUCCAGCUGUGCUUCUGCCGGCACCUCCUGCCUGAUCUCUGGAUGGGGAAACACCAGCGGCAGUGGAAGCAACUACCCCGACCGCCUGAUGUGCCUGGAUGCCCCCAUCCUGAGUGACACCAGCUGCAGAAACUCCUACCCCGGUGAGAUCACCUCCAACAUGUUCUGUGCUGGAUUCCUGGAGGGAGGAAAGGAUUCCUGCCAGGGUGACUCCGGUGGCCCCGUGGUGUGCAACAACCAGCUGCAAGGUAUCGUGUCCUGGGGUUACGGCUGUGCCGUGAAGGACAGACCUGGAGUCUACACCAAGGUCUGCAACUACAACACCUGGAUCCGCGACACCAUGUCUGCCAACUAAAGUCACUUUGGAAACUCUAAAUUUUUUGUCAAAAUAAAGAGCUUAAGGAACAACUAAA